UGAUUUUCGUCUUCCGGGAACUUUUAAUUUGAAAUCAAAUCAAGUCUCAGUAGCGGAAGUGUCACUAGCCGCUAAUUUCACUGUGCUAAGGCGGAUCCCCUUCUCUUAACGUCUUUGAAACUUUGUUCCGAAUCAAAUAUUCAGCCAGUUAUCCACAAAGGGGAAGAGCAUGGGGGACAAGGAGCUGAUGUGGGCUUUGAAAAAUGGUGAUUUGGACGAGGUGAAAACGUUACUGAAAAAGGAUGAGGAUGUGAACCGGACGCUGGAGGGCGGUAGAAAGCCCCUGCACUACGCUGCUGACUGCGGCCAGGCUGAGAUGUUGGAGUUCCUGUUGUCUAAAGGAGCAGAUGUGAAUGCUCCAGACAAACAUGGCAUCACUCCAUUGCUUUCUGCCACUUAUGAGGGUCACUACUCCUGUGUCCAAAUCUUACUAGCGAAGGGUGCUGAUAAGGAGAGAAAGGGACCAGACGGGCUGAGCGCGUUCGAGGCAGCAGAGAGCGAAGCCAUAAAAGCCCUGCUGAAAUGAGGCUGCGCUCACAGACCUGCAGCUCCGAGGUGCAAACAGACGCUUGGCUGCCACCAGACAGAUCACACACUCAUGCACACGUCUUCGCCUCUGCCCGGUGGCCGCCUCGUCGUCUUCUGGGUUUUCUUUGUGUUCCAUAUUUCCUUUUUUUUUUUUUUUUAUUAUAUUUUGUGGGAGUGGGUGUAUGAUUACUCUGCUAGCAUAUCUGAAUUUAGCGGACCUCUCAAUCAGUCCUGCCAUCCCCACAGAACCACUGGCUGUGAGGAAGCUGUUCAUCUCCACUCCUGUCUACCACUAAACACACUUAUUUACAGAACAAAGCAUUUCACGUCUUGUGAAUGAUCCCCAGCCGCCGAAUCCACAGCAAAUAACGAUGUAAAUGUGUUUUUUGUACUGUAAGACUGAAAGAGGCUGGUUUUAAAAUUUCGAGAAAAAGAAUUUUGACGUCUAAUGCCUAGUUCCAUAUGUGAUCAGGGGUGGCAUAUGGGAUUAGUGGAGUGGCACAUAUAUAAUUAACCCUCUCCCAGUGGAAAGAUAAAACAAAACUACUUCCUGUAAAAACGUUACAUUCCCACAGAGUUUUGAUGAGCUCUUCUAACAAUGGCUUACAAAUACAAAAAAAGAAUGAAAAAAAAAAGGUAUUGAAACCAUGUCAUAACCAUGACAGCCUGCACUUCUCUUUUUGUCUGCUUAGUCAUGUUUGUACUCUUGAAAAUGUGGGUUAAUAAGAAAAAAAAUAUUUAAAGGCUUCAAGUUUUCUGCCGAAAGAGAGUGGAACCAGACAAGCACUUUGUCACUGAUAACGAUGGACUCUUCUGCUUACCUGACUCUUCUGCAUGCUAAUGCCUCUGCUCCUUCACUCUGGGGGGGAAAAACGCUGUGCUUUUCUCUCGCUCGCUUGCUUUCUGGAUUUGUUUUUUUCCCCUUUUGAAGUUGCAAAUUCAACCCUGAAACGAAACUAAACUAAACUAAAAGAACCGUUUAAGGCUUUCUAUCUGGCUUCAUUGUAAGAAAGGAUGGUGAUCGAAAAACGAAUAAAAAAUUUUAAUUUGAA